CUUAUUGAUUUUGAUACUAUUUGUGCAAAAAAAGAAUUUUCCCUCCCUUCGGAAAUUCUGACUCCCGAGGUGAUAGCGGAAAGAUCAAGAUCAAGCACCAGAUUUCCUUCGCGUCAGUCAAGGCCAAAUAGGCCAUAUUCGUUUGACUUUGGUGAGGGUUCUUCAACUUCAACGUUGACACCGCACAAAACGAUUAAGAGAACCUAUGCUAACGGCAAUAAUGAAAACUACUCAACGUCUGCCUGGAGAACGUUUCAAGGUCGACCUUAUACAACUCGAAAGAGAAAAAAUAGUCGUCAGUUAGAUGAAGAAGAAAUCCGAGCACUUCCAG